GGGUAGCCCCAGAGUCCUAGUUCUGACAUGUGUGCAACUCUUCCACAGAUCUACUGCUCUCACUGUUGAGAUGUCCUGCCAGCAGAACCAGCAGCAGUGCCAGCCCCCUCCCAAGUGCACCCCCAAGUGCCCUCCCAAGUGCCAGACACCAAAGUGCCCUCCAAAAUGCCCCCCUAAAUGUCCUCCCAAGUGCCCCCCUGUGUCUUCCUGCUGUAGCCUGGGUUCUGGGGGCUGCUGUGGCUCCAGCUCUGGGGGCUGCUGUGGCUCCAGCUCUGGUGGCUGCUGCAGCUCUGGGGGUGGAGGCUGCUGCCUGAGCCACCACAGACCCCGCAGAUCUUUCCAUCGCCAUCGCCACAGCUCUGGAUGCUGUAGCAGUGGUGGCAGCAGUGGCUGCUGUGGCAGCAGUGGAGGCUGCUGUGGCAGCAGUGGUGGUUGCUGUGGCAGCAGCUGUGGUGGUAGCCAGCAGUCUGGGGACUGCUGCUGAUCUGGGCCCUUGGACUUCAGACAAGCUGUGGAGACAGAAGUCAAAUACAGACAGAAGCCCUGACUCCACUCCUCUUUUCUGUUGUGCUCUAUAUUCUGGACUCUUGGUCAUCCUAUGCAAAGUUGUGACUUUCUCCUAAAAUGAACAGACUGCAAUAAUAAAAAUCUCCCCUUUCAAA